AUCACCCAUCAUGAAGGCUUUCAUAACUUUGGCUGUUGUUUGCUUUGUAGCUUCGGCUGUUGCUUUGGUCACGCCCGUCGAUUUGAAUGAGGAACAACAGGCCAAGGCUAAGGAAAUCUUCGAUGAAUGUGUGAUUCAGGAAAAACUCACCGAAGAGGAGACCACCAAAUUGCGCAACAAGGACUAUGCCAAUCCUUCCCAGAAUCUGAAAUGUUUCGGCACUUGCUUCUUCGAAAAGGUCGGCACUCUGAAGAACGAUGAAAUUCAAGAAGAUGUUGUACUCGAAAAAUUGAGUCCCAUCAUUGGCGAGGAGAAGACCAAGAAGGCUUUGGAUAAAUGCCGUGGCAUUAAGGGUGAAGAUCGUUGCGACACCGGUUUCCAAAUCUACCAAUGUUUCGAAACUGCCAAGGCUGAAAUGGUGGAAGCUGAAAAAGUCGAGAAAGUCGAGAAAGUGGAGCAAUAAGAAAAUAAUG